UCCUUCGCCGUCGCGUUUGCGUGAAGUUCAAUGACGUUAUAUUUUGGACGUUAUCGAAUUCUCUUUUGAUAGAAAAACUGAUCAUUUUGGUUGUGUAUAAUACAAAUAAUAUCAUGUUCAGAAAAAGAAGCUUUAUUUUAGUGUGCUUGGUAAUAAUAAGUACUGGCUACGUGUUAGUGAAAGGACAUUCACAUUCGCAUUCGCACGAUGAACCCCCAUCAUAUAAAUAUAGUAAAAGUGUUAACGAAAAGUUUCAGUCAGAUAAGCCGAAAGUUGAAGAAUUAAGUGAUUACGACCUUUAUGUUAAAGCUAUAGGAUGUACCCUUUUCAUAAGUAUGGUACCAUUUUGUAUUUUAUUUUUUGUUCCGAUUGACGGUACCAUCGAGAAACAACCUCUUCUCAAAGUUUUGUUGUCAUUUGCCUCUGGUGGACUUCUCGGCGACGCUUUUCUUCACUUAAUACCACACGCACUAAUGUCCGGUGGGGAUGGGCACAGCCAUAGUCACAGCCAUUCACAUGAAGGUGAUGCACAUGAACCUCAUGACCUAACUGUUGGUCUGGGUGUCCUAGGAGGGAUCAUAACAUUCCUGGUAGUUGAAAAAACAGUUCGCCUGUUUAGUGGUGGACAUGGACAUUCCCAUAGCACUGAGAAACGCAAAGAUGAUAAGUCAAAAAAACAAAACAAAAAGAAAAGUGAAGAAAUGAAGGUUGCAGGGUAUCUAAACCUAGCUGCUGAUUUCACCCAUAACUUUACUGAUGGAUUAGCUAUUGGCGCUUCCUUUAUUGCAGGAGAAAGUAUUGGACUGAUAACCACAGUAACAAUUUUGUUCCAUGAAAUACCACAUGAAAUUGGAGACUUUGCUAUCCUAGUGCAAUCUGGAUGUUCGCGUGGAAAAGCAAUGAUGCUACAGUUACUUACUGCGUUUGGUGCAUUAUCAGGCACAGUUCUGUCAAUCUAUUUACGCGGAUCUGGGGACAGCUUUGCAUCGUCUUUGAUAUUACCGUUUACAGCAGGAGGCUUUAUAUAUAUUGCUACUGUCUCAGUUAUACCUGAAUUGAUAGAGAGCUCAAACAACAAACUCUCACAAUCUAUCAAAGAGAUUUUAGCCUUAUUAGCUGGAGUGUACAUGAUGGUUAUUAUAGCGCAAUAUGAAUAACAAACAUUAUGUUGUUUAAUAAUAAAAUUUAAUAUUACUACAUCACAAAA